AUGGACGAGAAACCAGCAGUCUCCGAGACCAGCAAUGGCUCGGACGUAGACUCCCUGUCUACUGCCAGUGAGUAUGAACAACACCGAGAACGGCUCAGGGACGCGAAUCCACGGGGAGUGACCUCUCAUCGGUCAGGCGUCAAUGUCAAGGAAGCAGAAGAAGAGUUCUCAGAGCUCAACAAGCAAUUCUCUACCAUCUCACAUCAAGCUCAUCGUUUGUCCAAGCAGACUUCACGAGCUUCCAAGCCAACAGUGAAAACGGAAGAUGUUGAAAGGUCCGACAGUCCAGCUGACUCGGACGAGCCGUGGGAUCUUGAAACCGCUCUGCGUGGUAACCGGGACGCGGAAACAGCAGCUGGAAUCAGGAACAAACGCAUAGGAGUCAUAUGGGAUAACCUCACCGUUCGCGGAAUGGGAGGCGUCAAGACGUAUAUCAAAACAUUUCCGGACGCGAUUAUUGACUUUUUCAACGUCCCGGAGACGAUAAUGCACAUGCUCGGUUAUGGCAAGAAGGGGAAAGAGUUCGAAAUCUUGAAGAAUUUUCGUGGAGUGCUACAACCCGGAGAGAUGGUCCUCGUUCUGGGACGUCCAGGAUCAGGCUGCACCACAUUCCUGAAAACGAUCACAAACCAGCGUUUUGGCUAUACUAGUAUAGAUGGCGAUGUCCUCUACGGUAUUUUCGACGCCGACACCUUCGCAAAGAGGUUUCGCGGCGAGGCUGUCUACAAUCAAGAGGAUGACGUUCAUCAGCCCACACUCACGGUCAAACAGACCUUGGGAUUUGCGCUAGACACGAAGACACCGGGAAAGAGACCUCUGGGAGUUUCUAAGGGCGAGUUCAAAGAGAAAGUUAUCAAUAUGCUACUCAAGAUGUUCAACAUCGAACAUACCGCCAAUACCGUGAUUGGAAACCAGUUCAUCCGGGGCGUCUCAGGAGGAGAGAGACGUCGAGUGAGUAUUGCAGAGAUGAUGGUAACAUCAGCAGCGGUUCUGGCUUGGGAUAAUAGUACUCGUGGGCUGGACGCUUCAACUGCUCUGGACUUUGCCAAAUCACUGAGGAUCAUGACAAACAUCUACAAGACUACGACGUUUGUCUCUCUUUAUCAAGCCUCUGAAAAUAUCUACAAGCAAUUCGACAAGGUCCUGGUGAUCGACAGCGGUCGUCAAGUAUUCUUCGGUCCCGCCUCUGAGGCAAGAUCAUAUUUCGAGAGCCUUGGUUUCAAAGAGAGACCUCGGCAGACCACUCCUGACUAUUUGACUGGCUGCACAGAUCCAUUUGAACGGGAAUUCAAGGAGGGACGAAGUGCUGACAACGUUCCGUCCACGCCAGACUCGCUUGUGGAAGCGUUCAAUCAGUCUUCGUACAGUGAGAGACUCGCCCAAGAAAUGGAUGCUUAUCGAAAGAAGCUGGAACAAGAGAAGCAUGUCUACGACGACUUCGAGAUCGCCAAUCAGGAAGCGAAGCGCAAAUUUACUCCUAAAUCUUCGGUCUACUCGAUACCCUUCCACUUACAGAUUUGGGCGCUGAUGCAACGCCAGUUCCUGAUCAAAUGGCAGGACAGAUUUGCUCAGACGGUCUCUUGGAUUACCUCCACCGGUGUCGCCAUCAUUCUAGGUACAGUCUGGCUGCAACUACCCAAAACUAGUGCAGGAGCAUUUACCAGAGGUGGUCUACUCUUCAUCAGUCUGCUCUUCAACGGAUUUCAGGCCUUUGCCGAACUCGUAUCGACGAUGAUGGGCCGCUCUAUCGUCAAUAAACACCGGCAAUUUACCUUCUAUCGGCCAAGUGCACUGUGGAUUGCGCAAAUUCUGGUGGAUACGACGUUUGCUAUUGCCCGAAUCCUCGUCUUCAGCAUUAUUGUCUACUUUAUGUGCGGUCUUGUUCUCGAUGCAGGCGCCUUUUUCACGUUCAUCCUGAUUAUUGUGCUCGGAUACCUCUGCAUGACUUGCUUUUUCCGCGUCAUUGGCUGCAUGAGUCCCGACUUUGACUAUGCCAUGAAGUUUGCCUCUGUGGUGAUCACUCUGUUUGUUCUGACGUCCGGCUAUCUCAUACAAUGGCCUAGCGAGCAAGUGUGGCUGCGAUGGCUGUACUACAUCAAUCCGUUCGGACUGGGAUUCGCCGCGCUGAUGGUCAACGAGUUCAAGGAUCUUACCAUGACAUGCACUGCAGACUCGUUGGUGCCGAGUGGCCCAGGCUACGACGACAUGGCAAGUCGUGUGUGCACACUUGCUGGCGGAGAGCCAGGCUCGGUCAUUGUUCCAGGUGCGAGCUACCUCGCAAAGACGUUCAGCUACUUCUCGGGAGAUCUGUGGCGAAACUUUGGUAUUAUGGUUGCACUCACCGUUGGCUUCCUGACCCUGAAUCUGUACCUCGGUGAAACACUGCAGUUUGGGGCUGGAGGAAGGACCAUUACCUUCUACCAAAAGGAGAACAAGGAGCGCAAAGCGCUGAAUGAAGCCCUGAUGCAAAAGCGAGCCAAUCGGGAGUCUAAGGAUCAAUCAGCUACGAAUCUCAAAAUCACCUCCAAAUCAGUCUUCACCUGGGAAGAUGUCUGUUAUGACGUUCCUGUGCCAUCGGGUACUCGCCGGCUUCUUCAAUCAGUCUACGGGUACGUGCAGCCGGGCAAGCUAACGGCGCUUAUGGGAGCUUCAGGCGCCGGAAAAACGACGUUAUUAGAUGUUCUGGCCGCCAGAAAGAACAUUGGUGUGAUCAGUGGCGAUAUUCUGGUCGAUGGUGCACCCCCUCCCGGAAGUUUCUUGCGUACCGUGUCCUACGCGGAGCAGCUGGAUAUCCAUGAGCCCAUGCAAACCGUACGAGAGGCCUUACGCUUUUCGGCUGACCUUCGCCAGCCUUACGAAACACCGCAAUCCGAAAAGUACGAGUAUGUCGAGGGCAUCAUCCAGCUUCUUGAGCUUGAGGAUCUUGCCGACGCGAUUAUCGGAACCCCGGAGACCGGCCUCUCAGUCGAAGAAAGAAAACGCGUCACCAUUGGUGUUGAGCUCGCUGCCAAACCUGAGCUGCUUCUGUUUCUCGAUGAACCUACGUCUGGCCUCGACAGUCAAUCGGCAUUCAAUAUCAUUCGGUUCCUGAGGAAGCUUGCCGCCGCCGGACAGGCGAUUCUAUGUACCAUCCACCAACCGAACUCUGCCCUGUUUGAGAACUUUGAUCGACUUCUCCUAUUGCAAAAGGGAGGAGAGUGCGUAUACUUUGGUGACAUUGGAGAAGACUCCCAUGUCCUUUUGGAUUACUUCCGCCGCAACGGCGCCGACUGUCCACCCGACGCAAACCCGGCAGAAUGGAUGCUCGAUGCCAUCGGUGCAGGCCAGACUCGCCGAAUUGGAGAUCGGGACUGGGGAGAGAUCUGGCGCACGUCCCCUGAGUUGGAGCAGGUCAAAAGAGAGAUUAUUCAGAUCAAGGCUCAGCGUGCGGAGGAGGUCCGACAGAGCAGCGGCUCGCAGAUAAUCGUCAAAGAGUAUGCUACACCACUGGGGCACCAGAUCAAGGUCGUUUGCAAGCGAACCAACGUCGUCUUCUGGCGAUCGAGGAACUACGGCUUCACACGACUAUUCAACCACGUCGUCAUCGCCCUAGUCACCGGUCUCGCAUUCCUGAACCUAGACGACUCCCGCGCCUCCCUCCAAUACCGAAUCUUCGUCAUCUUCAACGUGACCGUCCUCCCAGCCAUCAUCCUCCAACAGGUGGAGCCCCGCUUCGAAUUCUCGCGGCUAGUGUUCUUUCGCGAAUCCGCCUGCAAAUCAUACAGCCAAUUCGCAUUCGCCCUGUCCAUGGUCAUCGCCGAGCUCCCCUACAGCAUAAUCUGCGCCGUCUGCUUCUUCCUCCCCCUGUACUACAUCCCGGGCUUCCAAGCCGCCUCCAGCCGAGCCGGCUACCAAUUCCUCAUGGUCCUUAUCACCGAACUCUUCUCCGUCACCCUGGGCCAAAUGAUCUCCGCUCUGACGCCAAACAGCUUCAUCGCCUCGCAGAUCAACCCGCCCCUCGUCAUCAUCUUCUCGCUCUUCUGCGGCGUCGCCAUCCCCAAGCCCCAAAUGCCAGGCUUCUGGCGCGCCUGGCUCUACCAGCUCGACCCCUUCACCCGCCUCAUCAGCGGUAUGGUCACCACAGAGCUGCACGGCCGCACCGUCUCCUGUGCCGCCAGCGAGUAUAAUCGCUUCCAGGCCCCGGCGAAUCAGACCUGCGGCGAGUACAUGCGGCCGUUCUUCGAGCGUGGCGGGCUGGGAUACCUCGCCGAUAACACGACGCAGGCGUGCGAGUACUGUGCGUAUAAGAUCGGGGAUGAGUUCUACAGUACCUUUUCUAUGAGCUUUGAUACCAGGUGGCGGGACCUGGGGAUCUUCCUUGCUUUUAUCGGGUCUAAUCUCAUUAUUCUCUUCCUGGCGUCCCGCUACCUGAACUACAAUCGCAGAUAA